AUGGCCUACUUAACAUAUCAAGUCUAUUUAUUUUUUAUCAUAAUUAUUAGUACAAUCUUGCAAAUAUAUACUAUUAGUGAUUUUUCUUUACAAUGUAAAAAAGGAUAUCAUAUUACAGCUAUCAAAAGAGUUGCAUCACUAUAUCAUAAAGGUCCUGGUAGUUUUCAAGUUGAAUGCCAACUUUUAGAUACUGAAAUUCAAAAAGUUUCAUGUGAAAAAUUAACAACAGCACCUCAAUGUAAUGGACAAUUAGAAGGUUGUUCAGGUAACCAGUUUUUAACAGGAUUUCAUGGUUAUUCUCUUACCAAUGACUCAAAUGUUGUUUUGCUUGAUCCAAUUUGUUGUUCAUCAUCUAAUGUUAAAAUUGAUUCACUUUCCUGUUCAUCAGAAAGAAUUAAUAAUGUUGGUAAACCAUUUUCACAUAAAUUAGAAACGAGUGAUUUUUCAUAUCGUGGAAUGCAAUGUUGGCAUCAAUAUAAAAGUUCUGAUAAUACUUUAUUAGAUAUUGUAGUAAAAUUAGAAGUUUGUACAAUAACAUCAAGUACUUUUAAUUCUAAAAGAAAUUGGAAAUUAGAAAGUUGUCCACCUUGUAAAUGUUUUUGUGGUAUACAACAUUGUCCUGGAGGAAAGAUACCUGUAAAGAUUAUACACAAACAUUUUUUGCCAAACGAAUGCAGUUGCAAUUGUCAAUGUGCAUAUAAAUGUAUUUAA